AUGGAUAUUAAUGAAUCAUUAAGAUAUUUAAAAUAUAUGAGUGAUCAAGAUGAAGUAUCUAGAUAUAAUCUUGAUACUGUUUUUGUACCAGAACGUGAAGCUGGACCAACUAAUUUUUCAAAAUUUAUAAUAACAGAAAUAUCUACAACAAGUAAACCAAUAACUUCAACUAUUAAACCUUUUUCUGUAAAACCAAUACCUAUAAUAACAACUUUAUCAACCCCAAAGAUUAAUUUUAUUAGUUGUCCAAUCUGUAAAAAUGAAUUCAAAGAAAAUGAAAUCAAACUACAUUUAAAAGAAUAUAUUAAAAAUCUUUUAUCAAAAGAUACUGUUCGUGAUAAACUAGAAGUGAAAAGGCAAUCACUUGUAUUUGAUAAAAUAAAAGAAUUAGUUAGUAAACUUACAGAUAUUCAAGUUAAAGAACUUAUUGAUAAAAUUCAAAAACUUAUUGAAAAAUAUAGAGAAAAAUUUAUUGAUUAUAUUCCUAAUGAAAUAAAAGAAAAAUCUUAUAUAACUUUAAUAAAAUAA